UUGGCUCUACGCAACACUGCUGUACUUACCUGUGGCUCUGUCUUAAUAACUGACGGUAAUCCUAAACUCAGUGUGUAAAAUCCCGGCGCUGAAGGAAAUGAUGGACACUGUAAUGGGCAAAUAGGAGUCAUUCUUCAGCGCGCUCUCGAAUCGGGCAUAGCCAAUGAGGUAGUUGAAGAGGGCGGGCUUCUGUGUGGUUAAUGACGGCUGAUAUCCCAGGUGAGGUCAUUUAGUGCACCAUGGAGACAGGAGGACCAGGCCUGGCUCUGCAGGAACAGCGUGACCAGGAAAUGCUACCAGAAUGAGGCCCUGGAAAGUGGCAUUCCAUACAGAAAGCGCUGAACGUGUGACAAUGUGUCAACACUGUGCCUCUACCAGUACGAAACCUUCUUCAAAACCAAAUGUGGACACUGAUCCGGAUUGUUAAUCAACCCAUCCAUUUCCUAAUUCAAAGUCCUUCAUAACUCAUUUUACUGAUAGAUCUCAACAUUGUUUCAUUUUCACCUGAGCAUUUUUUUUGUUGUUUAAAUUCCAGUAUUGAUUUUUGAACUAUUAUUAUUUAUUUACCCCUUAAUAAAGUUGCAAGCAUAGUCUGAUACUGACCUCUGCGUUUGAAUAGUGCUACAGCAGCAGCAGCAAUGAGUUGACUUUGGUAACCGUUUUGUACGUUAUACAAUGCCACUGACAAGGCAUGCUAACCUGGUUUUAUAACAGCAAGACAACCUGUUAGGGUUCAUUGGCUUUUUAUCAGCACAUUUAUCAGGAUCCUGGACAGUUGAUUUCGAGGGGCACCCAGUGCAACCCCAGCUGCUUGAAACCCAGCCGCCUGUUCAAAAGAAACCGACCCAUUGCUCCUUGAUGAGUGGCUGGCACAGUGCCUCCUUGCCAUGGCUCAAUCGUUUGACUCGCCUCGCAGGGAGAUGACUAAUGGAUCCCACCCCAGCGGCCAGGCUGGAGGUGCCAACACAGCCACGCGGCAUCUGCUGAGAAAACAGUACCGGCUGCAGAACGGACAGCCCAGGGGAAUUCGAUCCUCCUCUCCGAUGGGCAGGGUGAUCCUGAUAAACUGCUCUGAAGACGGAAAUGAUGAAAGUGAUGCGAUUCAUACCCUCACGGUGGACAAAAGUGCAGAUGGAAAGCUGGGUUUCAGUGUUCGAGGGGGGUCGGAGCACGGGCUCGGCAUUUUUGUCAGUAAAGUUGAAGAUGCGAGCGCUGCAGAGCAGGCCGGCCUGUGUGUGGGUGACAAACUCAUGGAGGUGAACGGGGUCAAUCUGGAGAGCAUCACCAUGAGCAGCGCUGUCAGGGUCCUCACAGGGAACAAUCGCCUGCGCAUGGUGGCCAGACGGGUGGGAAAAGUUCCCGGGAUCAAGUUCUCCAAGGAAAAGACCACAUGGGUGGACCUGAUUAACGGAAGGAUGAUUGUGGAAGAAAACAGGAGCACUGUUUCAGAGAGCAGCUCUGAAGCCGGGGUGAAGAGGAUCGUUCACAUCUACACCACGUCCGAUGAUUGCUGUUUAGGAUUUAACAUCAGAGGCGGAAAGGAAUUUGGACUUGGAAUAUACGUCUCCAAGCUGGAUCCCGGAGGUCUGGCUGAGCGAAAUGGGAUUAAAACCGGGGACCAGAUCUUGACAGCCAAUGGGUACAGUUUUGAGGACAUCAGCCAUAGUCAGGCAGUGGAGGUGCUAAAAAGCCACACACACAUCAUGCUGACGAUAAAGGAGGUGGGAAGGUAUCCUGCAUACAAGGAGAUGGUAGCCGAGUACAGCUGGCUUAACAAACUCGGCAACGGUCACCUACAGCAGUCCUCUCAAACCUCGGACACAAACUCCUCCCUCUCCUCCUACUCCUCGGGGACACCCCUCAGCUCAAGCAGUGGUAUUUCCCAGAUGCUCCCCCACUACGCCUCUGAGAUGGUUGACGUCUGCAUCUCCACUGAAGACUCACGGCGGCCCAGCUACUCCGAGCGGACGGAGACGGCCAUGCAGACCGACCUCCAGAUCCCCCCCACCAACACCCUUGACCAGGACAGCCUGCAGCGGUCAGGGAAAAACAUCGCCACGGAGACCAGUCGGACUUUGGGGGCCACUGUCCUACUGAAGGACACGGCCAUUCGGAACGAGAGCUUUAAAGAGGCGGCCCGGGCCAGGCACAGGACUUUCUCAACGGGAGACUCAGACGAUGAGCAGCUGGACUCUCCGAAAACCGCUGUGCUCAUGGCACUCAGCAAGCCCAGGAAAACCAUCAGAAGGUCUCAGAGUCACAUCACUGUGCUAGAGGACAAGCAGAAGAAGAAGCAGCAGCAGAAAGGGAAGGCUUCCGGGGAGGGAACAGCUCUGCAGCGCUCCAAGACCUUUGUCAGCCUGCUGUUUAGAAGCGGCCGGACUGGGAAGCAGCAGAAGAGCCAGAGCUCCAGAGAGAAGAGGCAGAACGGCUCUCCAGAGAGGAGGAGCCGCUCCAAGUCUCCCUCCCGAUCCGAGGCAGACAGAGAGAGGGGUGGUGCGUUCUCGCUGUCCGGCAUGCAGAAGGAGCUGGUCUCGGUGCAUCAGGAGGAGAGUCGGGUUACCUCUGCUGAGCAUGGGCUAUCUCUGGUGGAGGACAUGGCCAGAAAGCUGCUGAAUGAAGAUGAGGUCUCAGCUGUCACAAGACACUGCAGGAGAUAUGUUUCAGAGAGAGUGGUGGAGGAUCUGGUGAAGCCACUGCUUGUUAUACUGGAUCGCCCCGAGAAGCUGCUGCUGCUACGAGAGAUAAGAACAAUCAUCCUGCCUACGGACCUGGGCAGGUUUGACAGCAUGGUCGUUCCUUUUGAGCUUGAAGCCUACGACAUUCUAAAGAGCAGAGCAGGUAGGAAAGUAAGGUCUCCAGCCCUCAGGACCCCCCAGAAUGGACUGGCACCUAAAAGACAUCUCAUAACUCCAAUCCCAGACUACAGAGGAGGAUUCCACCUAAAGCCAGUUCAGGACUUUGAAAAUGACAGGCUGCUGAUGGGGGAAAUGGAGAAGCUUAACCUGUCUGGACUGCAGAAUAUCAAACAGCUCCCAUCUAAAGCCUUCACUCCCCUUGAAGAUGUGCCAGUCGACUCCUACACCACAGAAAGUAUUUCCAGCAACCAAACUGCAGCAGCCAGCCCCAUGCGCUCCAACUGGCUGCUAACAGAGUCAAUCCAGAGCACAGGACAGGCCACCACUCACAAAACAGACAUUGGUACAGUCCUCUCCAUUCACUGCGAUGAGGGUGCAUUACACUCCGCUGCAGAAAGGGGGAGGUCCGUGUCCAAAAAAACGGGCCAGACAAAAACAAAAAAGGAAAAAAGUAAAGACUCCUUGUAUACCGUGAUGAGCAAUCCUAAGAGGUCCAGGCCUUCGCUGUCUCAGGUGUUUGGGAGUGCAGGGUCCCCGCGUGGAGAGGAGCUUGUGAACGGACACCCAGCCUCCGCAGUGACCGGCCUCAACGGUGCCACCAGCAUCCCAGUGCAGGAGUACGAGCAGACCAGUGUAACCAUCUCCAAAACCAAACAGUCCCUAGGAAUCAGCAUCUCUGGAGGGAUUGAAUCCAAACUCCAGCCUGUGGUAAAGAUUGAGAAGAUAUUUCCUGGUGGGGCGGCCUCCUCUUGUGAGGUAUUGAAGGCUGGCUAUGAGCUCCUCUCUGUCGAUGGGAAGAGCCUGCAGAACGUGACUCACCAGCAGGCAGUGGACAUCAUCCGGCGUGCAUUCAGCAACAAGACACGGGACCCCAUGGUGUUUGUGGUGAAGGUACCAAAAAAAACAACGUGAAGAUUGCAGGGCUUGUGCAUCCCUGCUGCUCUCACCAUCGAUCUGCAUCUGACAGUCCAACUGUAAUACCCCUUUUAGAUUAACUCAUCAAGUGCCAAAUGAAUUAUUCUUUGAAACAAACAAAUCACAACACAAGCUGUAGUUAUGUACCGUAAUUUGAUAAUUACAUUUAGACUUAACUUUUGCGGUUAACAACAUUAGAGCAAGUUAUCAUAACAGUAUAGUUAAAAGAGAAAAUUAAAAUGAAUCUAUGUAGUCCAGUCCUCUCUCAAUGAGUCUAUAUAAUCCAGUCCUCUCUCAAUGAGUCUAUGUAGUCCAGUCCUCUCUCAAUGAGUCUAUAUAGUCCAGUCCUCUCUCAAUGAGUCUAUGUAGUCCAGUCCUCUCUCAAUGAGUCUAUAUAGUCCAGUCCUCUCUCAAUAAAGAUAUGUAGUCCAGUCCUCUCUCAAUAAAGAUAUGUAGUCCAGUCCUCUCUCAAUAAAGAUAUGUAGUCCAGUCCUUUCUCAGUGUACUCACACAGAUUUAUGAUGCAUUCUUGUAUUUACACAGAUUCGUAAGUUUAUGCAAUACUGUAUAUUCAUUUGUAAGGUAUUAUUACAGAAUUAUUUAUAAAAAUUAGUAAAUCACAUUUCUUUUUUUGUAAAUGCAAGUGCAAUAUUUUGACCUGCAAUGAGUGCCUAUGUUGGUGUAUUAAAUUAAAAAGCUUUACAAUGACAGUGUUUCGAUGUUUUCCAGUAGACUGUUAAUAAUGUACAAGUUUCAUCUUGCAAUAAAUAAAUGAAAAACUUGUAACUUGACUUGUGCAGGUUUUGAAAAACCAGUGCAAUCACCUUUAGAUACUUUUCAACUGGGUUUUAUUAGAAACACAGUACUGCUUUGUACAGAUGAUUUACAAUAUGAAAAAUAUACAGAAUGGCUACAUACACUGUGGAUAAACAAAAAAGUAGGGAAACCAAUAAACACAAACAAGAAUGGAAACAGUAUUUUGCUUUGAUCUAUUCACAGUCGCUACUUUUAAAAUAGAUAUAUAUGUAUAUAUAGUGCGUCUACAUUAAACUCUACAAUGUUAAAGAUAUUUACAUUAUGGACUUAUAUGCAGUACUGUACAGCAUGUGGUCAUAACAUACAGGAAUCUGGAAGCGUGGAAAUGGUGUUAUUAUACGAGAUACUGUGAAGGGCUCGACACGGCGCUGGUGUUAAUGAUCCUGCUUGAGUGCCCCUAUACACUGGUUACAGCCCUCAGCUUGCUGUAUUACACAAAGCAGAACCCUCAGAUGACCCUGCAGAGAUGAUUCUUCAUCAUUUCUAUGUUUUAUUAUGUUUGCUUUUGGUACAGCGGGUGCCAUGUGAGACUGUCCCACUCUAUGACCUCCAGAUCAAUCUGUAGUAGAGCCUGUUGAGAAAUUAAAAUGAUCGUCAAGUUCUCGUGUAGUUCAUGCUUAUGGGCGACGAGAAAGAGGUUUUUACUUUUAAAAGGGUUGGUAUUCUUCCCCCAGUGUAUUGCACUUGAAUGCAGACACAGUCAACACACGGCUUCAAACGAAAGUCGAUCUGUGUGUGAUUUCUUACUUUAUCGCUAGAAAGGGUUAAGGUUAGGGUCACAUAUCAUUUAUGUAUAACACAGCAAUACAACUACAACAUAAAGUUAUUGAAAUAAAAUUAUUUAAUCCAUCUCAAAAGGGUAUAAAAAGGAAGUUUCAGUGUUUAAGUCUGAUGGUGCUAUUGAACUACUCUACACAAACGUGCGUGAUGGGAAAGGCAAGCAUCUCUAAAGACAGAGGGAGCACAGUCCUGGAACUGUGGAGACAGCACACAGUCCCGGAAGUGUGGAGGCAGCACACAGUCCCGGAAGUGUGGAGGCAGCGCACAGUCCCGGAAGUGUGGAGGCAGCGCACAGUCCCGGAAGUGUGGAGGCAGCGCAGUCCCGGAAGUGUGGAG